CACGCAAUUUUGCCAAGAAAACAGCGGGCGUCAUUUAUUUCUGUAUAAAGGAAAGAAGAUCCUUGUCGCCCUCCGUCUCCUGCUCUCUCCUCUCUAGCAUGCUGGCAGAUGCUGCUAAUCGGUUCUGUCCGCUGUCGACUUCACUCUCAUCAGCCAUGAGGUGUAUACUGCCUCCUGUCUUCGUCGAGACGCCGCUGCAACAGCGUCUGCACCAGCCAUUCUCCCCGACCGCUAUCUGAGUUUAAAACCGGCAAAUCGCCGCGAAGCAAGCAUGCAACCAAUAUGGAGAUGACGACGUGCAGCCCUGGGAGGCCACCGUUGGCUUUGAUAUCGGCCAAGUUACAUGCACACGCAGGAUAAUCAUUGCAGUUAUCUGGACGAUGGGGGAUCCUGAGGAGUUAAUAGAUUUUCCCUUUCCUUUGUCGCCCGAGAAAUACGGCACAACGGUUAUGGCGGGUUACCCUGAUAGAGGGAAGCUCAACUCACGGCACACUUGGCCAGUUGCUCCCGAACCCCGCCCUGGAUGGACAUCCUCCCAACGUCGUUUUCCCUUCCUCUUUUUCCUGUACACGCUGUGAAACCUCUCCAGUUAUAUAUUGAAUGAAAUUGGCCCUUUUUUCUCUUCUGUUGGAAGAACCCUGUCCUUCUUGUGCUCUUCAUUUUGUUGUACUCUAUCGCUAUUCCCGACAAUGAAUCUCUCUCAGAGGUGUGCCACCGUCGUUGUGGGCGCUGGUCCGGCUGGCGUGGCCGUUGUUGGAAAUCUGCUGGAGAAGCAACCAGGAGCAAAGAUCGCCUGGAUCGAUCCCUCCUUCCAGGCUGGUCGUCUGUGCAAGUAUCGCGAGGUUCCAAGCAAUACCAAGGUUGGCCUUUUCCAGCAGUAUGCGACGGUCCUGCAGCCGUUUCGCACAGUGAUAAACACCACGCCCAUUCCCAAUGCAUUCUCCAAAUUAGCGAAACUAGACCAGGAGAAGACCUGCCAUCUACACCACGCUGCGGAUAUGAUCCAGGCGCUCACAAAUGGCCUGGGGAAGUUCGAGCAAGUCCACAAGUAUCAGGGCAUGGUUACCGCUGCCAACUUAUCGGAGAAGAAUGCAAGUUGGACCGUCUGCGUCAAGGGCCCAAACUCGCCUGAAGAGACGGAAAUCGUAACAUCUCAACUCAUCCUCUGCACAGGAUCGUACCCAACGCUCCUUCCCAUUUCCAUUUCAGACCUCAACAUCCAAAGACUAGAUCUGGACAUAGUCCUGAAACCCAGCGAAAUCCCCACCCAUCUACCCCAGGAUACUUCCCCGCUCGUGAUCGCGGUAAUUGGCGCCUCACACAGCGCCAUCCUAGCCCUACUCAAUCUCGUCGAUCUAGCGCGCUCUUCCCCCUCCUAUUCCCAUCUCCGCAUCAACUGGUUCACCCGUCACCCACUCCGCUACGCUGAAUACAAAGACGGUUGGAUCCUCCGCGACAAUACAGGUCUCAAGGGCAUGGCGGCCGACUUCGCCCGCCAGCAACUCGAAGACGACCGCCUCCCGACCUCCGAAGCGGGCCGCUUCAUCAGCAAGAUCGACUGCGGCGACGGGAAAGAGCUACAGCAGUACCGCGCACAUUUGCCGGUGUGCACUCAUAUCGUCCAGGCAGUGGGGUUCACGCGGAAUCCACUCCCGGAGUUGUCUGUCGACGGUCAGGCACUGCUCGAACCGGCUUUUGACCAUCACACAGGCGGGUUCAUGGGUAAAGAUGGACGCCCGGUGCCAGGUCUGUAUGGUGCGGGUAUUGCGUUCCCUGAACAAGUCACCGAUCCUAACGGGAAUGUGGAGUAUGCUGUUGGCUUCUGGAAGUUUAUGACGUUUAUCCGACGAGUAUGCCCGACGUGGCUGUAGGCUAGCUAUUUCCAACCUCUUGUUUCUGUUGGCUCCCCUUUCCAUUUGCGAGCGGUUUUGAGUGUUUUCCUACUCAGUCUAUCUCUAUUAUUACUGAUCCAUUAUGGUUUUAUUAGCUAGGUCCAAUAUGAGGUACAGCGCAUAGAGUCCAUCCAAUACGGAGAUACUACUAGUAGGGCAGGUAGAGUCAUAAAGUUAAUCCACGAUACAACCUCGCGCAUUAACACAGCGUCGUACCUGAUGCAAGA